UACAUUGUUAGAGACAUAUUUAUCAGUCACUGGUUAUCCGAAGGUCCAAUUUAACUGUCUGUGGGGCUCCUACCCCCGCCCCCAGUACUGGAGAUUGAACCCAGGGCCUUCACACUGAGCUACAUCUCCAGGCUUUUAAAAAAUUUUUUAUUUUGAGUUAAGAGUCUGGCUGAGUUGCUAAAUCGACCAGGCCGAGUUUAAACUGGGGAUGCUCCUGCCUCAGCUUCCCAGAGUGAUAGGAUUCCAGGCCUGCUGUACCAUGCCCAGCUCAGCCUGUGUCUGAUUUGCAGGCUUACAGUGCUGGGAGGGAGGGGUCUUGCCCACUGUCUUUAUUGCUGCAAAUCAGCACCCAAAAUGAUGCCGACGGGAGCGGGUGAACAAAUGGGAAAUGCUUGGAGGGACAGAUUCCUUCGUUCAUUCGCUCAUGUAUUCAGCCAGUGCAUUUACACUAAGUGCCAGCUGGGACCUGAGCGUAGCAGGAUCAGUGGGACACAGUCCAGAGGGGAAGUCAUCUCCUUUGGGUGCUAUGGAGCUCUGGGGGCUGUGGGUGGACAGAGGAAGAUGACGAGCUGGGCCUUGGAGGGAGGGGAACAGCUCUGCUAGAGACAAGCGCAGGACCAGGGGUGCUGCAGGUGGCCAGGGAGGGGUGUGCGGCGUGGCUGAGGGGUUUGCUGAGUGUCACCGCCCAGCAGACACACCCGAGCUGGGCCAAGUGACAUUCCUGUGCCCAUCCUCCAGGUGGGGAAACUGAGGUUCAGAGAGGUGAAAUGCUGGGCCUGGGGUGGUUGGAGAAGGGAAAGCCAAGAUUCACAUUUAGGUCUGGUGGACGCCGAAGCUUGCACUCUUCUAGCAAAGCUGCUGGGCAGAGGACGGGCCCCACACAUGGAGAAUGAACCACAUGAGCUCAGAAGGGGACAGGACCAGGCCCUGUGACUGCCGCCCGCAAGCUCAGCAGGAGGACCUGGAGUCAGCGGGCAGCCGGGUUGGGUCUCCGGGAGCCCCAGCUGAGCCCUGUGGCUAUGGCUAAGUCCUUGCAUGGGUCCUGGGCAGGGCUGUAGUUUCCAUGGAGACCACCUCCCACCACCUCCGAAAUCCCAUUGUGACCAGCAUUAAGGGAUUAACUGCCCAGCAGCCCUCGCAGGGUCUUGAGUGCCAGGGUGGCAAGAGGAGCUGGCUCCAGGAUGAAGAGGCCGCCCCGUGUGCGGGGCCCCGUAGCACCGGGAGAAGGAUGUCGGACGGGGGCCAGGGCUUCCCCCAGGAACCACCAGAUACAUCUCCAUCAGAAGGUGCCAACCUCAACGCACCCAACAGCCUGGGUGUCAGUGCCCUCUGUGCCAUCUGCGGGGACCGGGCCACAGGCAAGCACUAUGGUGCCUCGAGUUGUGACGGCUGCAAAGGUUUCUUCCGGAGGAGCGUGAGGAAAAACCACAUGUACUCCUGCAGAUUCAGCCGGCAGUGCGUGGUGGACAAAGACAAGAGGAACCAGUGCCGUUACUGCAGGCUCAAGAAGUGCUUCCGGGCUGGCAUGAAGAAGGAAGCUGUCCAGAACGAGCGGGACCGCAUCAGCACACGGAGGUCCAGCUACGAGGACAGCAGCCUGCCCUCCAUCAACGCGCUCCUGCAGGCAGAGGUCCUGUCCCAGCAGAUCACCUCCCCCGUCUCGGGAAUCAAUGGCGACAUUCGGGCCAAGAAGAUUGCCAACAUCGCAGAUGUGUGUGAGUCUAUGAAGGAGCAGCUGCUGGUACUCGUUGAGUGGGCCAAGUACAUCCCGGCUUUCUGUGAGCUCCCGCUGGACGAUCAGGUGGCCCUGCUCAGAGCCCACGCCGGCGAGCACCUUCUGCUGGGAGCCACAAAGCGAUCCAUGGUGUUCAAGGACGUGCUGCUCCUGGGCAAUGACUACAUUGUCCCCCGUCACUGCCCGGAACUGGCCGAGAUGAGCCGAGUGUCCAUUCGCAUCCUCGAUGAGCUGGUACUGCCCUUCCAGGAACUGCAGAUCGAUGACAAUGAGUAUGCCUGCCUCAAAGCCAUUAUCUUCUUCGACCCAGAUGCCAAGGGGCUGAGCGACCCAGGCAAGAUCAAGCGGCUGCGCUCGCAGGUCCAGGUGAGCUUGGAGGACUACAUCAAUGACCGCCAGUAUGACUCCCGCGGCCGCUUCGGCGAGCUGCUGCUGCUGCUGCCCACGCUGCAGAGUAUCACCUGGCAGAUGAUUGAGCAGAUCCAGUUCAUCAAGCUCUUUGGCAUGGCCAAGAUCGACAACCUGCUGCAGGAGAUGCUGCUGGGAGGGUCCUCCAGUGAUGCACCCCAUGCUCACCACCCGCUGCAUCCUCACCUGAUGCAGGAGCACAUGGGCACCAAUGUCAUUGUUGCCAACACAAUGCCCGCUCACCUCAGCAACGGACAGAUGUGUGAGUGGCCCCAACCCAGGGGGCAGGCAGCCACGCCUGAGACUCCACAACCCUCGCCGCCAGGUGGCUCAGGGUCUGAGCCCUACAAGCUCCUGCCAGGAGCCAUUGCCACGAUCGUCAAGCCCCCCUCUGCCAUACCCCAGCCGACCAUCACCAAGCAAGAAGUCAUCUAGCAAGCUGCCAGGGGCCGGGGGCUCUGCCAGCUCACCCCAGCCCCCCCAGAGAGUGCCUGGUGACCACUUGGCCAUAGCCAAGGAAGGCAUGGCAAGAGGGCCAGUUCCAGAGCAGGAACGGAAAGGGGGAAGGGCCCAGGAACGCGGGCCGAGGGCCAUAUCCCAUCGCCAACCUUGACCCUGUGCUCUGGACGAUAGGGCUUUGACUCAGGGAGACACCAGCUGGAAAGCCCUCUGCUGCCUUGGACAACUUUCUUCAUGUCGAAGCUACCACCUUCACUUCCCACAACCCCAGCUUCUUCGCCCUCUAAGGACUGCUGGCUGGAGAUGCUAUGGGACCUUGCUUAGACACGGCUCCCUUCCCCCCAGCUGGGACUCGCUCUCCCAGUACUGGUCACAGUGUCCAGUCACAGCCCCAGGAGGCCUGGUCAGGUCACGGCACCUUACCCUCCCUCCUCUACUGCCCCCACCUCAAAUGCCCCUCUCCACCCUCUGCUGUCACCUUCCUUGGCCGUCCUGUCUUCUCCAGAGCCCUCUCUCUGGAGGCUGAGGAAGACUUGGAAGCCAUUCCCCCAGGCAUCCCUGCAACACUCUGUAAGCCCUGACCGGGGCUAGUCUGAGGCAGGAGACUGAGGAGCAAGACAGCGCCAUCCCCCCAACUCUGGGCCUGCUACCUUUCCCUUCUUCAGGUGCUGGACCGGACCCUUGGAGUGAUGGUCCCCAUGGGCUUUGAACAAUGAGUGAACGAUCCAAGGUUAACAGCUGGAGCAGGACUUGGGGGAGGGUGGGAGCAUGGGGCCUUGAAUGCCAUACUGAGGCCAGGAGUAUGUGGAGAGGGGUGGCCCAGGCUGUCAGAAGAUGCAUACAGCAUCCUACCAAGCGUGGAAGGUUGGGAGGGAGCAGCAAGUCAGAUGGGGCGCAUGAUGGAAGGAGAGUGAGAGGUUGAGGUGUAAAGGAGGGUGUGGAUGAUCCUCAGGUCAGAGUGAUGUCAGUUAUUCCAGGCCAGUCUCAAGCUCUUCCUCAUUCCCAGGCACUGUCUUAAGCAUCUGACUUCCAGUGUCUCAUGGAAUCCUCUCUAUUACCUAGAGAUUGUUACCAAAGAUGCAGCUGAGUUCUAAGAGGUUAAGGGAUUUUUUUAAUCUGAAACUCAUAUAGAUAGUCAGUGACUGAGUCAGGCCAUGAACCCAGGUCUCCCUGGAUCAGAACAGGAGAUCUUAGUGUUUGUUUUCUGUUUUGUUUUUUUUCCGGUACCGGGAAUCGAACUCAUGACCUUGCACUUGCCGGGCAGACGCAGUGCCACUGAGCUAAAUCCCCAGCCCCCAGAACAGGAGAUCUUAAUACCCAAAAGAACCCUCGUGUUCACUGUGAUCCCAGUGAGGGACUUCCUGGUCCUUCACCAGCCUCAGAACCCAAGGGCUCACAUUUCUAGAAGCCCUGCCCACUCCCAGGACUAAAGUGGGCCCGAAGCUGCGCUCAAGUCCACCGAGGGUCCAGAAUCCUGUUGCUGAUAAAUAUGAAGACGAAUUCAUGGCUCUUGACCCCUUUUCUCUCUUCACUCCCCAACUCUGGCAGAGGGGUGGUAGGAGUCUGGUUCCUGGGAGAAAAACCAAUCUGGCCUGUCAGUCUCUAGAAUGAUGAAGGGCAGGGCGGGAUGAUAAAGUCUGACUUUGAGGCUUGCUCUGGAGAAUGUCACUCAAGGUACACUCUGGAAACAUUGAACUCCAGGAUAGAGCACCUCAUCCCUAUAGAAUCUUGAUGGCUUUGGGGAGAUUCUGAAAAAUGUCACUGACUAGUGGGACUGAAAGGAAUUUGUCCUAAGACUGUAGGUGUGAUUAGGUAGGAAAGUGAGCUGUUAGAAUGAUUACCUAUGCUCUGCCCAAGGCUGACCCUUCUGAGGGGAUGGCAGAGCCAUACCCCGUACCCAGAUAUCCCACCACUAGUGAUUAUUCCUUGUUGCAAGAGAGGCAGGGAGAAGCACUGGGGCCACGUUUCAGAGGACUCUGCACCCCAGGGCCAUCAGAAUUGGCCUCCCCACUCCAGCAAGGCAAGUCUCAGACUCCAGGAGUAACCACUCCCUGCUCGGAGCUCUCAAGCUUUCCCCAGCCACCCUCACUCCAGGGCUCCAGAAUUCCCCGCCAAGUGGCUCAGUCCAGUCUGAAUGAGGCAGGGAAGCUGGAAUCUGGUCAUUCUGGUCAUUUCUACUCUUCGUCCAGUCCCCCUGUUGCCAGUGUCACUCAGGCCUCUGUCAUGGGAGCAAAGUUGAGAAAAUGGCCCAUGGAGUGGGGUAACGGUAUCCUUUAAUGGUUGCAAUCUUCUGGGGCAGGGGGUCAGUUCUUUGCCCCUGAUCCACUCUUUCUGGAGAGGAAAACCAUUCUACUUUUAUAACUUUAUUGCAAUGCAAGAAACACAAAAUAAAGAAAAGUUUACUUUUCUGGCUCUAA